AGAUGUGGUUGGAGAGUUGAGCCAAGCCAAUGAGACCAGCCGCUAAUAAGUGGGUUUGGCUUACAAUGUUACAGUGGAAGGAGGAGAAGCAGAGGAAAGCUAUAGAGCCUCAGCCGAGUGGAGCUGACCCUUGCCUGAGACUCUUCUAAAGACCACCUCCAGAGGCAGAGUUCUUCCCCCCACCCCAGCUCCUCUUCCUCCCCUUCCCACUACAAUGCAUUCUUGACUGGCAGCAUCCGGACUCUAGGCAACCCCAGAGAACCGAACCAAGCCAAAGAAAAGAGGAUCAGAGCCAAGACACUCUCUCUGGCUUGGGAUCUCGGAUGCCGGUCUUUCUUUGAGGAAAAUCUCCCGAGAGAGAGAGCAGAAUUGGGGUGGGGGGGUUUGUGGAAGGGAAUCCAACCAAUCCCCAAGAUGGACACUUCUGGGCACUUCCAUGACUCUGGGGUGGGAGACUUGGAUGAAGACAUGAAGUGUCCCUGUCCAUCUUCGGGGGAUGAGCAACAGCAGCAGCAGCCACAACAGCCACCACCACCGCCACCUCCACCGCCGGCCCCGGCACAACUGGCCCCUCAGCAGCAGCAGCCGCCGCCGCCGCAGCAGCCGCCGCCGCCGCCGCAGCAGCCCCCAGCACUGGCACCCCAAUCUUCGAGGCCCCUCACCCAGCUCAACCAACUCCAGAGCCAACCUCUCCAUCACAGCUUGCUGCACUCUUCUCCCACCGCUUUCAGGGCCCCACCUUCCUCCAACUCUACCACCAUCCUCCACCCUUCCUCUAGGCAAGGCAGCCAGCUUAAUCUGAAUGACCACUUGGUUGGCCAUUCUCCAAGUUCAACAGCUACAAGUGGGGCCGGAGGAGGCUGCAAACACAGACAGGCGAGCCCACUGGUCCACAGGAGAGAUAGCAACCCUUUCACGGAGAUAGCCAUGAGCUCGUGCAAGUAUAGUGGUGGGGUGAUGAAACCCUUGAGCAGGCUAAGUGCCUCCAGGAGAAACCUCAUAGAGUCCGAGCCCGAAAGCCAACCCCUCCAGAUCUUUAGCUCCAGCAAUCCACCCGAGAUUGUCAUCUCUUCCCGGGAGGAUCACCAUUCCAAUCAGACCCUGCUCCAUCAUCCAAAUGCCACCCACAACCACCAGCACUCCGGCACCAGCAGCAUCAGCACCUUCCCCAAGGCCAAUAAACGGAAAAACCAAAAUAUCGGCUAUAAACUGGGACACAGGAGAGCCUUGUUUGAAAAGAGGAAACGGCUGAGUGACUAUGCUUUGAUUUUUGGGAUGUUUGGCAUUGUUGUUAUGGUGAUAGAGACCGAGCUCUCUUGGGGGUUAUACUCAAAGGAUUCCAUGUUUUCUUUGGCCCUGAAAUGCCUUAUCAGUCUGUCCACCAUUAUCCUUCUGGGUUUGAUCAUCGCCUACCACACACGGGAAGUCCAGCUCUUUGUGAUUGACAAUGGCGCAGAUGACUGGAGGAUAGCCAUGACCUACGAACGCAUCCUCUACAUCAGCCUGGAGAUGUUGGUUUGUGCCAUCCACCCUAUCCCUGGUGAAUAUAAAUUUUUUUGGACAGCCCGCCUAGCCUUCUCCUAUGCUCCUUCCAGGGCUGAGGCUGACGUGGACAUCAUCCUUUCUAUCCCCAUGUUCCUCCGGCUCUACCUGAUUGCCCGAGUUAUGUUGCUGCAUAGCAAGCUCUUUACAGACGCCUCCUCACGAAGUAUUGGGGCACUAAACAAAAUCAACUUCAACACACGGUUUGUGAUGAAGACGCUAAUGACCAUCUGCCCUGGGACAGUGCUUCUAGUGUUCAGCAUUUCUCUGUGGAUAAUUGCCGCCUGGACAGUACGAGUCUGUGAAAGGUACCACGACCAACAGGAUGUAACUAGUAACUUUCUGGGUGCAAUGUGGCUUAUCUCCAUCACAUUCCUUUCCAUUGGGUAUGGGGACAUGGUUCCUCACACAUACUGUGGAAAAGGUGUCUGUCUUCUCACUGGCAUCAUGGGUGCCGGCUGUACUGCGCUAGUGGUGGCUGUGGUUGCCAGAAAGUUGGAACUCACCAAAGCCGAGAAGCAUGUUCACAACUUCAUGAUGGACACUCAGCUCACAAAACGGAUAAAGAAUGCUGCAGCUAAUGUCCUUCGGGAAACAUGGCUUAUCUAUAAACACACCAAGCUACUCAAAAAGAUUGACCACGCCAAAGUCCGGAAACACCAGAGGAAGUUCCUCCAAGCUAUCCAUCAGCUGAGAAGCGUAAAGAUGGAACAGAGAAAGCUGAGUGAUCAAGCCAACACCCUGGUAGACCUUUCCAAGAUGCAGAAUGUCAUGUAUGACUUAAUCACAGAGCUGAAUGACCGGAGUGAGGACUUGGAAAAACAAAUUGGCAGUCUGGAGUCUAAACUAGAACAACUCACUGCCAGCUUCAAUUCCCUCCCCCUGCUCAUUGCGGACACCUUGCGUCAGCAGCAACAACAACUCCUCUCAGCCGUCAUCGAGGCUCGGGGAGUGAGUGUAGCAGUGGGAACCCCCCACACGCCACUCUCCGACAGCCCUAUUGGGGUCAGCUCCACUUCUUUUCCCACCCCUUACACAAGCUCAAGCAGCUGCUAAAUAAAACUCCCCACACAGGAAGGAUUGCCGACAGGUCUUAAGAUGCAAGUCAACUUUCUCCUGGUCUUUCUGUCAUCACAGGAACAUUCAGGCUGAGUGGACAUAAAGAAUAAGAUUGAACUAGUUAACAAACUCAUGUUCAUUCAGAGUGCUUGGUUCGAUAUGCCUUGAAAUCAGAAAUCGAAUCUCUGUUUAGGUGCCUAUAUAUAGAAGAGGGAAAGAGAAAUGAAAGGAAGCCAAACAUUUGACAGGGCCUUUGUUGCAGUGUUUGGUGGAAAACAGAAAUCCAUGCUCAAUCUCAGGUCUUCAAUUGUUUCAGAGGGUGAGGAGGAUAAAGAGAGGGAGAAGGAAAUAAAGGGGGGGGAGCGAGGGAGAGGGAGUGAGAGUGAGAGAGUGAGAGCGAGAGAAAAUGAGAAUAUAAAAACUAAAGAACCAAUAGAAAAGCAAGUAGGGGAAAAAUAUUCCACUCCACUGAGUAUCAACCUUGGGCUUUGUGUUAUAACUAAAAGCCUCAUCUACCACUCUGCUCUUUUUCUCUAGUCUAAGAAGAUCUCUCUAUAUGACAAAGAUAGGAAAAAGAAGUACACAGUUUGCCAAAAUACAGACACAAUCAUAGAACAUCAAAGCUCUUAUUCCUUACAUAGGUUAUUAAACCCAGUGCAUGGUAAAUGAGGUCAUGUAAGAGACUUUUCCAAUCUAAUAUAAAAACUUAUUUAUAAAAACCAACCAGUUCCUGCCCAUGUGCCCCUAAAUUCAAGCCAUUCCUUUUCCACUGGUGAUGUGUCCUGUUCAGGCAUCACUUUUUAUCAACUAUUCUUUCUUUGUGGCCAUAGGUCCCCUCCAAACCUUACAGGUUGCUUUUGCCAUAGGUAUGUACAGUGCCUGUUACGAGUUGAAUACCAACUUAAAAAUCUUGGCUUUCUGGAGUUAAAAAUAGUAUUCUGAAAAUAGCUGCUUUGGUAGGGUUUAAUCUGCUAUCCAAACAAUCUGAGAUUCAUUGGUAUUAUAUGGUGAUGAGUAUACCACAGAUAUUUAUGGAGUCAUGGCUCAGAUUGAGUUUCACCUGGGAAGGCUCAUUGAACUUAUGUCUACCCCACUUCAAGUUUCCUAAGCUAGCUGAGUGAUCAAACGUUUCCUCAUCCCAGAUUCUGUGACAGUGGUAGCAUUUAUGAUGAGAGGUGUAUGAGGUAGCUUAUAAAUGAAGUAAAGGUCAUUCUAAGAUGGUAGCUUUGGGGAAAGGAAGAUGGCUCAUAAAGGAAAUUCUUUGAGGAAAAAAAAAACCUUAAGUGAGUGUUGACUAAUGUAGAUCAAUGACUAUAUGUUUCUGAUGCCACUUUUUAAUCUUGGUACAAAAUCAUGUGGCUUGCACAACUGAAUACUUUAAAGGAGACUUUAGAACUGCUAGAAAGACCAGCAAGCCCUGAUCAAGCCCACUACCCUGAGCGGUGAUACCAGUCCCAAAACCUUUUACAUCACCCUAAUCUGACCUCUCCAAAUUUUGCCAGAUGAAAAUAAUCUUGUAAUUUGCUGCUUUAAUUGUGAGGAGUUUUUAACUACUAUAUGGUAUACUUCAUCUGUUUAAAUUCAAGCAAAAGAACACUGUAUCUUAGUGGGUAGCAGUUCUGCUGGGUUCUGAUAAAUUGUUACCACUCUAAGGUAAAUUAUGUAAUGCAUCCAGCUACAGAAAUUUGCUUCAUUCUUUUUCUGUCACACUGGGCAUGGUCUUCUAAAGUCUUUUAAGGAAGUGUUCAGUUGACAUAGGUGGAAAUCUAUAGUUCAAGACAACUUUUGAAGGAAGCCUUGGUCUGUAGCCUGAUCUGCUUCCUCUAAGAACCUUUCCUGGUUUCCUCUUUAAGACUCCUUUUAACAUUGUCAGUUAAUUGAUUUGCAUACCACAGAUACCAAACUUACUGGGUUUUUUUUAAAUUAUUAUCUAUCACUUGUACCAGGAAAUGCAGCAUGGCAUAGUCAGAAGACCUUGUUUCCAGUCCCACUUCUGAUACUUGUUGUGUGGUCCUGGGCAAGUUGAUUUCUUUGCUUCUAAGGCAACACCUUAAAUCUAUAAAAUUACAGAUGGAUAGCUGGUAGGGUCUAAGAAGGAAGUUCCCAAUGAGGAAAUCAUAAGAACCUGAUCUAUCUCAUGCAUCUAUUUCUUUGAUGUUCCUAGAGCAAUGUUUGUUGCUAUUUUCAAUGAAAAUUCAGCAGAACAUAAAAAUGGAUGUUUAAACAGAUGAAAUAACCAUGGAGUUACUUUGUGAUUUUAUCAUAUUUCACCAAACAGUGGCUAAUAAUUGUAGAAAUCUACUUGUCCAAUGUGGAUUCCAAAACCAUAGUCCUUAGCUACUGGGUCUCAGUUUAACCCUUUCAUUGAUAAUGCAAUCCCUUCUCAACAUAUCUGGAUUACAAGGAUCCAGUUUUGUAUUAACUUAAGAUGUUGCAUGUUAAAUUCUGCUACCCUUCCUCUAUCCCACCAAAAUUAUACACAGACUAUCUCUUCUCAGUCAAUCUGUGCAUAAUUGUUCAUGUUUUAUGGGACCUCUGGCCAGCGAUAAACCUGUGCAAACACUGGUGACAACACAAAUUUGCAACACCUUCUACUUCAGGGGUUAAUCUGAGUUGCUUCCAGUGUUAGUAGCCAUGGGUACUCUGGAAACACAAGGGCAUUUGAAGCAUAAAUUGAGCCUAUUGUAGUGCAAUAGAGAAGCAUGAUUUUUUUAUCCUUGCCAAGUUAAGGCUCUUCAGAAGAUGAGCGUUCUGAUCUGCAUACUAAUAUUGUCCUGCUUCGAUUGGAAGAUAGUUUCUAUAUACUAACACUGAAGAUGUCUGUUAGGAAACUGCCCUUUUUCAUACAAGUACAGACAAGUCUUGAUGACUUAGGUACUGAAAAUCCAGUGUGCAGAUUAUUCAGGUUUUAUAUUUCUCUUUUUCCCAGGGUCCAUCUUCUGGUGUGCCUCUGCUCAUUAGCAAUCCCUUCAUGCCUUGAGUAUUGGGGCUAGGAGAAGAGUGACUUCCAAACUUUCUUCUUCCCUCAUUGUUCUAAAGUUUGAUGGGUGGAAGAGAUUGCCCCUUCAAGAAUUGGCUGUAUUUGAAAAAUACUAAGUUUCUCCAGCACUGGGUAGCUAACUAAAAUUCAUAUCCAUUCAGAAUAGCUUUACUAAGUAGUGGAAUUCUCUAAUCUUCUGAUAACUCAGUGACAAAUCCAAUAAUGCUGCUUUUCUCUAGAACUUCUAGAUAUCAGUAGAGCAGAUACAGACAUGCCACAAUGGAUUGCUUAAGCCAUAUUAUGUACUGUAAAGUUGGGGGUGUACUACUGUGAUUCCUUAGGUUCCCUCAUGUCAGUGGAAUUUCAGGACAUAGCUCCAGUUUUGUAGUUCAAACCCGGUCAGGGGCCUUCUCCUCUUUAGGUCAAGUUCAGAUGGAAACUGGUAUCUUUGUCUUAAAGAUACCAUCUUUUUUUUCUUUACCUAUACAUUUUCAUAAAUUGCUUCUCACCUGUUCUUGCCCCUCAUGACAUGUUAACUUCAUAAUGUCACUAUAUCUGUAGGGCUGUUUAGUGCUGUCUAGAAUACAGCAAGAACAGUUGCAUCUGAGAACACCAUUAAUUUUCUGACCUUGACAGAGAUAAAGAGAUGGUAUAGCAAUAUUUUCCUGUAGCACGCAGAAAGGGAUAGAAAAAAAGUGGAAAAAAUAGUGGAAGAAAAAAUACAUUUAAAAAAUGGGAGAUUUUUAAUCUCCCUCUCUCUUGUAAUUGUUGUAGCCAUAACAAGCUAUUAAGUAAGAAAAGGAUAUUUGAGCUAGAAAGAGAAGAUUAGAGAUCAAAAAUAAACUAAUUCUAUUUUGUUAUUCUAAGUACCUUAACCAAGUCAGUAUCUCAUUCUCUGUAUUGGUAAAUAUGAAGAUAAUGUUUAAUAUUCUCCAUGGCAAAGUAUUACACAGGAACAAAAUGUAAUCUCUGAGGUUCAAGUUAAUUAACUGGUUAUGUUUGAUUUCCACCUGUUUUUGGCACACUGAAAUGCAACAUAGCCAGGAAUCGCUGAAAAUGAUGGUGGUGAGGGGUGUUUAAUGCCAAAACACUAAAAUCAGCUCAAACAGGAAUGUAUAAUUAGUAAUAGAAUUGGUGGGAAGAAAAUUGGGGGCACUAAUGUGAAGUUCCAGGACUUCUCUCCAUGAUCAUUUUGUAAAUCAAUGAACAGCUUAACCCCAAAUUAGCAACAUUACUGAGUCCCCAAAGUAAACAGUAUCCUGUCCCACCAUAAUGCUGGGAAGUAAUUGUAAGAUACUGCAAAGUAAUUACACUGCCAAGAGGUUGUGACUUCCCCAUCCAUAAUGUCCCUAGUUUCUACAAUGGCUCUUUUUUUAGGUUAUCAGAACCAAUGCAAGUGAUAGUUAUCAUUCUGCUGUGCCUAUUUACUCCUCACUGUGUUAUGUUUCAGUACCUUAGACAGCAGCUUGAUUCAUUUAUUCCUAGGCAUCCUUUUUUCCCCCUUGCAUCUACUUGGUGACACUCCAGACAUUCUUCCCCCUCCUUUUUUCUUGCUACCAAUGUAAACAUUAUGGAAAUAGGAUCAUUGGUGCCAUUAAGAAAGCUAUAUAUAGUUAUUCUGUGGGGAUAUUCAUAUUAACUGUCUGUUUUUGAUAGUUGAAUAGCAGGCAAAAAGAUAAUCAGCCUGGGUGUUACUAGAGAAACAACAGGAACAGAAAUCAACUUUAUGGUCCUGUCAAGGAUCAGAAGUGAAAUAUAGGUUGUGAAAUAUAGGUUUUUUUCCAAUGACACAUACUGAUGACUCCUUAAAAGAACUCAAUCUAAUGGUAUAAAAAAAAUGAACUGUGAUCCCCUAUCUUCCUCCUGCUUCCCUUUACCCUUUUACUAGAAACAAUAGCUUGAACUGGCAUUUCCUCUGAACAACCCAUCAUAAAAAAGUCAACAUAUGACCUCCAGAUCUAGGUGCCAAAUGCCCCUGAGACAGUUGUUUACAUACAUUACAAAUAGUCAUGGGCAAGGACCACAUAUUGAAAUAGAAUGGAAGAAAGGAAGGAUUGGGCCUAGAAAAGCUGAUGGGGAAAAAAGCACAAGCUUCAGCUCAAACAUCCAGUUAUAAUCCCAAAGAGAAACUGACAUUUUAUAGAUACACACACACACACACACACACACACACACACAGCAGAAGCAAACCACACAGGAAUCUGAUAAAAAUAACUGACUUCCAGUUUUACAGCAGAAGGGGAAAUAAACAUUCCCUAGUUUUGAAGCUGUAUAGGUUGUCUCAGUUUGUUCAUUUCACCCAGGACCAAUUCAUUUCCAUCCAAAACAUUUCUUAAUAUGGCAAAGAUUCCAUUUGGGUCCCAAAAAUUCUAUUUUGCAUUGGUCACAAAUGAAAACAACAGAGAGAAGAAUGAUAAUGGAGACAACAUUUCCUUUGCAAACUCAAAAGAAACUCAUGUUUCUAUUCAGAAUUAGACAAUAAGCUUCAAUAUGAAUUUGCAUCUUGCCUCUGUACUGCUUGCUUUAAAAAAAAAAGAUAGGAGAAAGCAUAAUAGUUUAUUUUACCUAUGAAAUAUAUUGCUAUAUUAUAAAUGAUAUUAUAACUUUCAAUUAAUAUUUUGUAUCAACCUAGUCUUUUAGCAGGUCAGAGUGUCCACCUGCUCUCCAAAUGACUGUUUCUGAGUACACAUCACUGUAACCAAUUGCCCAACAUUUAGACAGUCUCAGUACAACAGCCUUCAGAACUGCCAUACCCUUCUAAUUCUCCAAGGUCCUUAGUGUCAGAGACAAAAGAACAUUAUUCCUUCCUUAGAAUCUGAAUUUAAUCCCAAUUUUAACAAGCCAUUACAAAAAAAAUUCUAAAAAGCCAUCUCUCUUGAGUAACUCUAUAAAACUAAUUUCUGUUGCUCUGUAAUUGGGUGAAGGCUGGGAUUGGGGGAGAAAUGAACCUACUUAUUACCUAUUUCCAAAAACCCAAUUACACAAUCCAUAUCCAUCUUCAGCUCAGUCAGUCUAUCUUUUUUUUCCUGUGGACAUGCAGGAAAGCUAACAAAAUUAGCAGCAUUAUUUCUCUUUCCUGAGCUUCAGGGGACUUUGACUUCUGUGAAUGCACCAAGGGGCUAUGUGAACAAGGAGAAUGAUGAUUCUCAGUUUCUGUGAGAACCAAGUUGGAAGCCAAGCAUGAAAAGCUACUUCUCUGGAGCUGGUGACAACCUAAAGAUAGACAGGAACAAGGUUUGGGUGCCCUUUUAUUGAAGAAAUGAAACAACUCUGCCAGUAGAAUGGCAGGGGGAGGUAACAACUUGUAUAAUGUAUGCCAGCAGAAACAUUAGCUUUCUUCCACUGUUACCUUUUACUCUAUGGAUACUUUUUUUUAACUGAUGAGAUAAAAAUAAGGGGAAAGGAAAAGUUCUGUAGGGAAGCUGGGUCACCUCUCUGGGCCUCAGUUUCCCCAUCUGUAAAAUGAUGAGCUUGGAUUAGACAGCCUCUUAGGUCCCUUCUAACUUAACAUCUCUGAUUCUAUGAGUGAUGAUUUUGAAUAGGAGAAAGUCUUUGUAAUUGACACACUCAUACAAUUCAUUCUUCUCUUCCUCAUCCUAAUAACAGAGGCUCACCUGGAGAAUUGCUCUAAACCUCAGACUCCCAAAGGAAGGCUUAUAUCUAUAUGAAAUAUGGUGUGUCCAGAUUAACACAAAGGUUAUCUUCUUAAAACUGGUGAGCAAAAAAGUCCAUUUAAUCUCAUCCUAUAAUCAAUGUAAUCAUAUCCUCUAUAUGUACCCUCAAAGUAAAUUUGACUGAGUCUUUUAUCUAUGCUUUCCCUAAGUAUGAGUCACAAAUUCAAAAAUUCACAUUAAUAUGUUAGUAGUACAAAACAAUAGCUCCUUCUUUAGAAAUGAGCUGCUAAAAAUAAAAUUCAGCUUCCAUUUUUUUUGCACUUCAGUUUAUCUGCAUCUUGAAGCACCAUCCCAUACUUUAUUCACGCUAUUAAAAUGAAAAAUAAUGUCACUAUUUCCAGUUUAAAUCUGAUGUAUCUAAGAUUUAACACUUGUGUAUGUUUUAUUAUUAUUGAGAAAGUCUCCCAGUGCCUAUGCAGCUCUCAGGUCAUAAGUUAGAUGCCUGUGCAGCUGCAUUCCCUUUUCCAGGCCACCAGGGUUCUACUGUAUAUAUGAAGUUUCCAACUUGUUUGUGUAAUGGAAAUUAGUUCAUCUUCAACUUUAUAAUUGACUGAUGAAUGUACUGGUGAUUGUGAAUUCACCUCUAAAAUACCUUUGUGCCAUUUGCUCCCUUCAGCCUUUCCUUUGAGCACCUCUAGAACUGACUAAUAUUUUCCUAUCUCUACACAAAUAAAUUGUCACCAAAUAAAGAAAAUAAAAUAUCUUCACAAAUAAAUUAAGGUUUGGGACUUUUCCCCAAACUUUAAAGUCAUUUGAUAAAUAAGAGAAUGAGUAUGAUCUGUGCUGUUUUUAGUGAAACUUACAGUCUCUGGAACAGCAGUCCCAAAGUAGAUGGAGCCUCAAUCUUAAUGACUCCAUAAAAGGGUAGAAUGACAAACUGUAUUCCUUCUCUCUCAACUCUUGAUUAGAAAAUGCUAUACAGGUGGACCAAAUCAGCACCCUUCUUGUCAGAACUAGCCAAAUUAAAGAAUCCAUAUUCUCUUGAUCUGGUUUUCUAAACAUAAUCUUAAGGGAAACAUAAAUCCUUUAUUUUUCCACUUUAAUGCCUAUUAGAUUAUAACUACAUCAAGGUAAACAAAAACAUCUGUAAUUAUUUGACAGCAACAAGACACAAUCUUCCCUUUUUAAUCAUUAAAUGCUAAUAAUUAGGGCCUACAAGUCACUGGAAAGCAUUUUUUAAAAUGUUUUUCAUUUUCAUUGUGGUUCCCCUCCCCCCUUUUUAUAUCAUUUUGGUACCAGUAUAAGGAUACCUGGGUGGCCUAUUAAAUCAAGCCCCUCAUAAAGCUACACAGCAUCCUAUGCAGUCCAUUUAAAAUGGCCUACAGCUGAGAGUAAGUCAGAAAGCAACCUUGAGUUGUUUAUUAUUUUUAUCCCCUUCUUGGAGUACUCAGCAUGAGGCCAAUGAGAGCUAUCCUUUGCUACCGGUAACUAAGGAGAACAGAUAGGUGAAUUUCACCAUUCCACAUCUCUAAGUCAUCUCUCUCUAAGCCAUUUCUGCUCAUCAUUACCCCAAGUAGGAGCACUCUAAAGGUGGAGAGGAGAAUAUCCAAAUUCUAAUGUUUUUGCCAUAUACUGAUAUGUACCCAGAAACAGCUAUGUCCUAAAUUAAUGGCUUUAAUCUGUUCAUUGUAAAAAGUGCCUUGGACUUCAAACUAAAGAGGUCGGUAUAAAUAUGUACAUAUGCGUGUGUGUAUAUGUAGGCAAAUAUACAUACAUAUAGACACACACAUAUACCUGCAGUCAUAUAUAAUAUAGUCAUACAUAUAUCAUAUAAAAGCUUCAUAAUCUACCAUAUUUCUCUACGCAGUUCCAUUUCUUUUGUCUGGUCCUAUGUUCAUUUGUUGAGAGAGACCUCACCAUAGAGAGGUCCUAUUCAGUACAGUAAUGUAUUAUUAUUAUUAUUUUUGUUUUUGUUUUUUACUUUUUAUUAAAAAGGUAAA